AUGGCUUCAACAUCAACAGCCAAGCCGACUGCCACUAAUGGCAGUAUUCCUACACUCGCAGAAGCCAAUGCCGCACUCGCAUCCGGCGAUCAGUCCCGCGGCGAGUCCAUCCUACAAUCCAUCCUCUCCACCCCGCCAAAACCAGACGACGAAGAUGCCCUCAAGCAGCAAGAGCAAGCCCUGCUCCGUCUUGGUCAGCUCUACCGUGACACCCGCAACCCUACUCAGCUAGCAGCAACAGUCCGCUCCUCCCGCACCUUCAUGGCCUCCAUCGCAAAGGCGAAGACGGCCAAGCUCAUCCGCUCCCUCCUCGACUUCUUCGCCGAUAUCCCUGACUCGGCCAAGAUCCAAAUUGAUACAAUCAAGGAGAACAUCGAGUGGGCCCGCUCCUCUCGCCGUAUCUUCCUGAGCCAAAACCUCGAGACCCGCCUCAUCGCCCUCUACUACGAGACGCGUCAGUUCCGCGAAGCCCUUCCCCUCAUCGACUCGCUGCUGCGCGAGCUCAAGAAGUUGGACGAUAAGGCUAUGCUGACUGAGGUGCAUCUGCUGGAGUCUCGCGUCAAUCAUGCAAUCAGGAAUGCAGAGAAGGCAAAGGCGUCAUUGACGUCGGCUAGGACGUCGGCCAAUUCCAUCUACUGCCCGCCGGCGCUACAGGCUCAGCUGGAUAUGCAGUCGGGUAUCCUUCAUGCGGAGGACAAGGAUUAUGCUACGGCGUACUCCUACUUCUUCGAGACUCUCGAGGGUCUUUCAGCCCAGGCUCAACAAGCCCCGCUAGCCCUCAAGUACAUGCUUCUCUGCAAGGUCAUGCUCAACCUUUCUGAGGAUGUGACGGCUAUUGUUCAGGGUAAAGUUGCACAAAAGUACGCUGGCAUCGGGAGGGAUGUUGAGGCGAUGCAGAAGGUGGCGGAGGCUCAUGAGAAGCGCAGUCUUGAAGGUUUCGAGAAGACGUUGAAGGAGUACAAGGAUGAACUCUCCGCCGACCCCAUCAUCCGAGCCCACCUCUCGGCGCUGUAUGACACUCUCCUCGAGCAGAAUCUCCUUAGGAUCAUCGAGCCAUACUCUCGGGUCGAGAUCGAUCAUGUCGCUUCUUCUGUCGGCCAGCCAGUACGGGAGGUGGAGGUCAAGCUGAGCCAGAUGAUCCUGGACAAGACGCUUGCCGGUGUGCUGGAUCAGAGCAACAGAAGUCUCAUCGUGUUCGAGGACAGGGGCAGGGAUGAGACGUACGAAGCUUCCCUCGAGGCGCUGCGUCAUAUCAGUAACGUGGUGGACUCGCUCGGGCAGAAGGCGGCGAAACUGUCGUAG